UCUAUUCUUUUUUCUUAAAAAAGAAAUAGAAAAAAAUGGAAUUCCUAUUGAUCUUAUCCAUCACUCUCCUCACUUACUCAGUAACCAUUUUUAUCAUCAACAUACUAAACAAAAAGAGGCACAAAAAUUGCUACCUCAUUGACUACGCUUGUUUUAAGCCUUCCGAUGAGUUCAAGCUUCCGACAAACAUUUGCGGAGAUAUUAUCCAAAGAAACAAGCUUUUAGGCUUCGACGAGUAUAAAUUCCUGCUGAAAGUCAUCGUCAACUCUGGCAUCGGUGAAGAAACAUAUGGCCCCAGAAGCAUCUUCCGUGGUGAAGAAGCAACGGCAACAUUGGACGAUGCUCUCUUCGAGAUGGAUGAGAGUUUCGAGCACUCCAUCGGUGAUGUUCUCGCUAAUUCCGGUGUUAAACCAACAGACAUUGAUAUUCUUAUUGUCAAUGUAUCUAUGUUUGCUCCGGAACCAUCACUUGCUUCCAGAAUUGUUAACAAGUUCAAAAUGAGAGAUGAUAUCAAGAUUUACAACUUGUCCGGAAUGGGAUGCAGUGCAAGUAUUAUUGCUGUUGAUCUUAUUCAGAGGACUUUUAUGAGCGAGUUCAACAAGCUGGCGUUGAUAUUCACAUCGGAGUCAAUAACUCCGAAUUGGUAUUGCGGCAAUAGAAGGUCGAUGAUGCUCCCAGUCUGUCUUUUCCGGUGCGGUGGCUGCGCCAUGCUGCUCACUAAUGAUCCAAAGAGGAAAAAUCAAGCAAAACUCAAGCUCAAACACACUGUAAGGGCUCAUCUCAGUCACGAUGAAGCGUUCAGCAGUGCUUAUCAGAAGGAAGAUGAGCUGGGUCACACUGGCAUGUCUUUGAACAAAUAUCUGCUGAAAGCUGCGGCUCUUGCACUUUUGCAGAACUUGAAGAGUUUGGCACCGAAAGUCCUUCCGGUCACCGAACUUGUUCGGUUUGUUAUGGCCGGAAUUUAUCAAAGGUGUAAUAUUAGAACAAGAGGAGGGGAUAGGAUCAGUGUGAACUUCAAAGCCGGCAUUGACCACUUUGUAAUUCAUUCUGGAGGAGCUGCUGUCAUUAAUGGAGUUGGUAAAAGCCUUAACCUAAGUGACUGGGAUUUAGAACCAGCAAGAAUGGCACUUCAUCGGUUCGGGAAUUUGUCGGCGAGUAGUGUUUGGUAUGUUCUUGGGUAUAUGGAAGCAAAGAAGAGGUUGAAGAAAGGGCACAAAGUGCUCAUGAUAGGGCUUGGAGCUGGUUUCAUGAGCAACAGUUGUGUUUGGAUAGUUAACAGGGAUUUGAAAGAUGAAGGAGUUUGGAAAGAGUGCAUUGAUCAAUAUCCUCCAAAAACACUAGAGAAUCCAUUCAUGAAGAGGUAUGGAUGGAUUAAUGAUCAGGAUAUCUAGAAUAUUUUAGAGUGUGAUGGUCUCAUUGUUUGUUGGAUAUAUAAUUAUUUAUGUUUGCUUAUUUGUUGGAGUUGAUUAAGAGUAUCAGUACUGAAUAAAUGCAAGUGAAGUGAAGUGAAGUGAAGUGAAGUGAGGUCAAGGAUGCAAGUUGAAAUUUAUUUAUA